AAGGGGGUAGCGGUUCCGCGUGCGUGUAUUUCCCGCUUCUUGCCUUAGCCAGGCAGCAGACAGCAUCAGUAGUAGCAGUAGCAGCAAUACCGCAAUAUCGAGCGUUCGUAUAUCGGUUAUGGCCUUGUAAAGUAUGUGAGAGAUAUUGUGUGUUAGUGCGUAGUGUGUUAGAAAGUGAAAAAUUCGAUUAAUUCGGAAUGACGUAUCGGAGUCAUUCCAAGGAAAGGGAUCACGAUUAUAUUUUAAUAUUUUGACUCGGAUAAAAUAUCGUGGGAAGAAGUGAGAAAAUAUAUGUACGUCGUUUUUUUUUUUUUUCUUCUUCUUCUCGGUUAACGAUCCUCCCGAAGCUUUUGUUUACAGACGCGCGCGAACGGAUGCUUGUGAGUGACUCGUAGCGGUGACUUUCUUGCUUUCUCCCGCUCUCUAUCAAUAUCGUGCGUCCCCUUUUUUCCCGCGCUAAACACGUGAUAUAGAAGAAAGAAAGAAAGAAGAAUUAUUAGCAGUGCAACGCGUAAACAAGAAGAAGAAUAAUAAGUCAGUAAGAAAAGAGAAUAUUUAUUUCAACGUUAAAAGAAAUAAUAAAUAUGUACGUGCCGUUUUACAAUUUAACGAUGGAUUUGACGUUGUCAACGGUAUACUAAUGCGUAAAAAAAAAAAGUAGCCGAAUAUAAGAUCGACGCGACUAAAGUUUGAAAUAUUUGUGUAUAAUACGUGCGUAAGUAAGUCGGUACAUCGAGGACACGCGCGUCGUUCAGCGGUACAUACGUAAUAUGGUGCUUUUAUACGAUUUAGAAAUCGUUUCUAAGAAGAGGUAGUCUCUGUGGCUGGUGAGAAGUUUGUUUUUUUUUUUUCUUUUUAACAAGUUAACUAAAAAGUGAAAGAAGAAAAAUCAGCAUAAUGGAGGAAAAAAGCAAUAUAAAUUUUGAGCUACCGGCUCACCCGAUUACCUUCGAUAUAAGUAAAAACAAUUCGCACGAUUCUCAUGACAGUGUUGACAGCGGUUACUUAACCUUGACACCACGUUCCAGUUUGCAUACUCCGAUAACUGCAAGGUACAAAUCACGCGUCACUCCUUUAAAAAGGCAUUUUCGGAUACGUCAAAAUUUCUAUCAAUCGAAUCGCACACAACGUUAUCGUUUGAAGCCUAAUGAAUUGCCCAAUAGCACACGUAAUGCUGACUCUGUCAUUUCCGAACAUGAAGAUUGUGCAUACUCCUCUAUAGGAACAUCAAACUUGAGUAUCACAAGCCAAAGUCACAGUUUAGAACAUGCCAGUCCAUGUAGCACCUCUCAUAAUCUAAACUUAACUUAUGAAGAUUUUAGUGAAGGAUCUACUAGUAGUAUUUAUGGAGCAUGGAAAACUACAAUGCCUGUUACAUUGGCAUCUGCCAGUUUACAAAUUCUCUCCCCACCACCUUCUCCAGCAAUUUCUUCCUUGGCGGUACCAUCUUCUUCCUUUAUUGCUUCAGAACCAAUAGAAGAGGAUGUGGAAAUGAAACUAGUCAUUAUGCCACAGAGUACACCCCAGGAAUCUAAUUCUAAUUAUCAAACUAUAACUCCUUGCAUAGCAUGUUCUCCUACCGGUAGGAAAACUAACAAUCUAUCUUCGACUGAAGAUCCAAAAUUGCUAAAUAAACUUUGUAUCGUUGAUAUACCAUCUAUAACAGAGAUCAAACCUAAAAGGUUGGAUUUUAGUCAUCGUACUUUUUCAUUGGCAAGACAUCGUACAAAAGUUAAACCAGAUUACACUGGAAGAAAGACAGUAGAUCUUCUUGCACUAUUGGGAGAAAAGAGUAAUCAUUGGAGGAUAAUUUCUAAAAUUCUAUCCUAUUUAGCACCGCAAGAUCUUUGUUCAAUAAGUAUGGUUUCUAAAGUGUGGAGGAGAAUCUGCAUAGAAGAUUCAAGAGCCAACACGAGAAGAUUAAGCCAUAUAAUACUCAGACAAAAUACUAAAGAAAAUUUGAAAUUAAUCAAGAAAGUCAAGAUGGAAAUGGAUACUCAGAGUAGCCCUAGGAAUAAAUACGUCAGGAAAGGAUGUUUGUUAGAGGUCCAGAAUUUAGUUAAUUCGUCACAGCAAAGACCACCCAACAGUCCGCCUGUUUCACCGAGCAAAGUCAAAUUUCACUCUUUCGUUAAGGCUAGUCGUACACUCGAACCAUGGGAGCAUCUACUACCAUGUCCGAGAUGUUCAUUUCCUUGCCACGUCGACGGUGAAAAGAACGUGGGAACGUGCUCGAGGCAGGGUUGCUCGAUGGAGUUUUGCACGUCGUGUUCUUCGAGGCCCCAUACAGGUCCUUGCAAGACGCCCCUCUUGGCCACGCCAACCAAGAGAAAUAAGCGGCUCGUCGUUGGUUCCAGACAGAGCAAGCGAAACCUCAGAAGGUUGUAACGAAGAUGACGAGAAGAAGGAAGAAGGAAGAAGGAAGAAGAGGAAGAAACAGCAGCAUCAGCAACAAAGAAAAAAGAUGAUGAAGAAGAAGUAGUCGAAAUG